CUAUCCCAGUGACCGAGAAGCGGACUGUGGUGUCAAGCGCGGCGAGCGGCGUACCCAGCAUGCCUACAACGAGCAGCGCCGCCGUGGCUAGCCCGGCCAGCGCGCCUACCAAGCCUGGCGCCCUCUCAUACACGGGCGCGAUUGUUGGUGCGCGCGGACACACCUUCGCAGCCAAGGUAGCGCCCGCAACCGCGUCCGUCGGUGCCCCGCCCCCAGACAACAAGCCACAUACACAGACAGCGACGGCAGCAAGCAGCCCCGGCAGCAGCGCAGCGCCACUUGGGUCCCCACUAAAGACGCGCGAGUCUCCACCAGCGCCCACACCCAACAAGGGUGAGGAGGCGGCGCACAGCCCUGAUGGCAGCUGGCCGCAACCCGCCCCAGACGAUAC